AUGGCAGAGGACAAAGAAGAUGUACGGCGACUCCUCGCCAAGCGAGCUGCCUUUAAAGGGAACAUAACCCGCAUGCAGAACAGGGUGGCAACAAGCGCGCUCGAUGACGCGUCCCUGCAAAUGCUCCUUCUCAUGGAGGAGAAGACGCUUACUGCUUACAACGAGUAUGAAAAUAUAAAUAUAGAACUUGGAGAUUUAGCGGAGGAUCCUGAUGUAACGGAGACGAGUUACCUGGAGUGCCUAUCGGGCAUACGAACACUUUUAGCAAGUUUACAAAAGCGAAGCGCUGCUGUCCCGACUGCGACUUCAGGUGCUGUUACUAAACUAAAAUUACCACAGGUAGAGAUGCCUGCUUUCCGGGAAGCGAGAGCUUUAGCUCUUGAAUCUGACGAGACGGCGCAUACACCAGCCACUGUGAUUUCAACGGGUAAGGUUGCAGCUAAUGUGAUCAAUAAUGGGGAAGAAAUUAGAGUAAAGGCGCUGUUAGAUUCAGCCAGCCAAUCAUCCUUUAUAACCUCUAGCGUUGCCAGAGCAAUAGGUAAGCAACCAAUACCUAACCACAUUGAUGUGGUUGGUAUUGCAAAUACUGGGAAGACAAUCAGACAUGCUCUGCAAUUAGAUAUAUUCUCAUGUGCUUACCCUUAUAAAGUGAGGGCUAAUCUCCUGUUGGUUGAUCAGAUAACAUCAAAAUUGCCACAACACCACAUUAACUUAGCAAAAUUAAAAUUGCCAAGCAAUAUUAAACUAGCCGAUGAUUCUUUCAAUAUCACAAGUGAUAUAGGUAUCUUACUUGGUGCUGAUGUAUUUUUCCAGGCACUGUUGCCACAGACUGAGUGCAUACAACUGACACAGGACGAGGAUAAAGGUGAUGCUGCACAACCAUCACUCUUACACACUCAGUUUGGUUACAUAGUAGCAGGUAGUGUCCCUGAUUCAUAUAUUCAGAGUUCUGCUGUUGCUCUAUUCUGUCGGGAAUGUGAAACUGACAUAAGCGACACCAUAGCUAACUUUUGGCAAUCUGAAAAAGAACCUGAGAAAUUUGUGGAACAUACCUCAGAACAACAAUAUGUUGAGAAGCAUUUCACCAAUACAGUCAAGUUAGAAAACAACCAGUUUGAAGUUUCAAUGCCACUAAAGCUACCUCUUUGUGAUAUGAACAAUGCCUUAGGUGAAUCACUUGGUCUAGCAUUAAAAAGAUUCUUGAAUCUCGAAAAUAAACUGCAAAAAGAUAAACCAUUACAAAAAGAGUACAAAAGCUUUAUUCACGAAUACCUUGAAUUAGGCCAUGCCUCAAUUGUAGACAUUACUCUCUAUGAUCUAUCAAAAGAUCCAGUCUAUUAUUUUGCACAUCAUGCAGUGAUAAAGCAAAAUGCAAUCACAACUAAAUUAAGAACUGUAUUUGACGGUUCCAUGAAAACUAAUAAUAAAAUUUCUUUGAAUGAUCUGAUGUGGAAUGGACCUAUAGUCCAACAAGAGUUGUUUGACAUUUUGUUGUUAUUCAGACUUCAUAAAUACUUCUUUGCCUGUGAUAUCAGGCGUAUGUUCCGCAAUUUAAUCAUAGAAAAAAGCCAAAGGUCUUUGCUCAACAUUCUCUGGAGAGACAGCCCGGAUGAGCAACUUAAAUGCAUUCAGCAAUCAACCGUUCCCUAUGGACUGAAGUGCUCAUCAUGGCUGGCUACUCGCUGCUUACUGGAGCUAGCAACCAGAUUCGGUGAACAAUAUCCGCUAGCUGCUCCUGUUCUGUUAAAUUCAACCUAUGUUGACGAUGUGCUUCAUACAGAUGAUAGUUUAGCAAAGAUUAUUGCAACAAAAGCACAGCUGAUUGAAUUGCUGAAUAAAGGAAAUUUCCAGUUGCAUAAGUGGUCAGCUAAUCACAAGGCAAUCUUGGCAGAAGUACCAGAGCAGCAUCAGAACUCAGGGGAUUUAGAGUUCAAUAAUGACAUUAAAACUUUAGGUUUAAAAUUUUGUAUACAGCAAGAUUCAUUCAUAAUUACUUGCCCUCCAGCUUGUGAUAUUCCUAAAACAAAAAGGCAAAUAUUGAGCUAUAUCAGUAAAUUUUAUGAUCCAAUGGGAAUUGCGGGGCCUAUUUUGGUUCAAGCCAAAGUAAUAAUGCAAAAAUUAUGGACUGAGGUCGCUAUAUCAUGGGAUACGGUCCUUCCCACUAAACUACAGGAUGAAUGGUUGCAAUUUUACAAUAGUCUACAGCAGAUGGCGCAGAUAUCAGCACCUAGAAAUGUGUGUCCAGAAAAUAGUAAAAUUGUUCAAAUUAUUGGAUUUUCUGAUGCUGCAAUAGCUGCCAUGGGCUGUGCAAUCUAUUUACGAGUUGUUGACAACCAAGGAAGGACCACCGUGUCAUUACUAUGUUCAAAGUCAAAAAUUGCGCCUAAAUCAAGUCAGAAGUUAGUUUUAAGUAGCUUGCAACAACGUUAUUGGAUUGUUAAUGGUUUAAGGCAUAAAGGUGUAACUGCUAAACAACUGAUGGGAUCAUUACCUGCGGACCGAGUAAAUAUUAGCAGAUGUUUCAAAAAGAUUGGACUUGACUUUGCAGGGCCUGUGGCAGUUAAACAAUCUAGAAUAAGAGGUGUUAUAACAUCUCAUGCCUACUUAUAUACUGAGGAUUUGUCUUACUUGACACCGGGUCACUUCCUAACAGGUGCACCUCUCAACUGCAUCCCUGAGCAAGAUUUCACCAACAUACCGGAAAAUAGACUCAGUUUCUGGAAGUCUUACACUCAAUAA